UUCAAGGUGAGGGGCUUCCAUAAAAUGCAUCGAACGAAUGUUCCUUGGCACGAGUAUAUUCAGACACACUGUCAUGAGUGGUUACGUGGGAGAUCUCAGCAAAGAGCAGGAGCUCAUCUUACAACAGUUCCGGCAUAAUGUGAGUGACUUGGACCUGCCCGACUCCUCGGACAAUUAUCUUCUACGAUGGCUGCGUGCUCGAGAGUUCAACCUGAUCAAGAGCGAACACAUGAUCCGCCAGAGCAUCAAGUGGAGGCAAAACAACGACGUGGACCACAUCCUACAAACGCAUGUACCUUCCGAGAUCGUGAAGAAACACUUCCCAGGAGGAUUUCUGGAGUGCAGUCCGGAAGGAUAUCCGGUGUGGCUUAUUCCUAUCGGGAACAUCGACAUCAAAGGGUUCCUCCAGUGUGUGCCGCAGUCAGAACUGGAGCGACAUGUCACCUACCUCUUGGAACAUGCAGACUCCCUGAAGAAGAGAAACUCGAUAAAGUUUAGCAAAGUCGUCGAGACCAAGCUCUGCAUCUUCGACUUUGAAAAUUUCAGCCUACGACAGCUGUACUCACUGCAGGUGAUGGACUUCUUGACGUCUCUGCUAAAGAUGUACGAGGACAACUACCCGGAGACGCUUGAAAUUGCUUACAUCAUUAAUGCACCUGGAUUUUUCCCGCUGUUUUGGAAGAUAAUUCGGCCGUUUCUCACGGAGAGGACAGCCUCCAAAGUUCACAUCUACGGAAAAGAUGGCUGGCAGGAACCCCUCCUGAAGAUGCUGGACCCGUCAGGAUUUCCUCAGCACUGGGGAGGCAGCCUCGUAGGGCCCGACGACGACCCCAGGUGCUCAGAUAAGAUUGGACCAGGCGGAAUCCUGCCGGUGUCGUACAUGAAGAACGUCCGCCAGGUGUUUCAAGUGGAAGGGGCCACGGUGUGUUCCAUUGACAGAUUAGCAACACUGGAAGUUCCCGUUGAGGUCGACAGGAUUGGCUCCAUGCUGAGCUGGGAGUUCCAGACAACCAAGAACGACCUGGCUUUCGGCGUCAACUACCUGUCUCCGUCCGGUACGGUUGAAAUCAUGGCCAUGCAUCGUGUCUCCUGCGGUAUUGUCCCUGAGCACGGUCAGCUCAAGUGUCAGCAGGCUGGAACCUAUGUGCUUAGGUUCGACAAUUCCUUCAGCUGGUUCACGGGGAAGACUCUCGCCUACAUCAUCCAAGUCAAACCACCUACCGAAACGUAGCUUAAAUGUCUGUACCGGCUUUACACUUAGAUUAUCUUCCAAACGAGAGCGUAACGAUAUUCAUGCACAAUAUGCGUAAACAGUGUAGGUACAACGAAGGUAUUAUAACAUAGCAUAUUCCCGCGAAUAUGUACGCCUUACUAGACGCGUUUUUAUUUCGCUACAUUACGUAUGUACCUCCCUGCAAUGUGAUAAAUGCAAAUGAUUCGACGAAUUGGAUACCGGGUACCGCAACUCAGAAUUACCUCAUGGCAGUCGAGCUUUGCCUUGUCUGGCACGUAAAAAGAGUCCAUGUUGCACCAUUGUUGCGAGAAAACUAUAUUGUGGAUAGAGCUUGUAGUAUGUGUA